AUGGCAACUACUGCAGCAGCAGCAGCAAUGGAGGGAGGGAUAGGAUCAAUGUCAGCUCCUACAAUAGAUGCUCGAACUUCUACAGCAGCAGCAGACGAUGAUUUAGAGUCUCACUUUCCUUUUUUCCGUCCGCCUGCAUCUAUACCUUUACUAAAUGAAGCAACCUCUACUGCGGGUUUGAUAUCAUCUCAGGAUAUCUCCAUAGCAACUUAUACCCGAUCCAAACGCGGAGUAGAAACAGUCGACCCUAUAUUUGAUGAUCCGUAUCAACUUUAUAGGUUUUUUGUUGCACACAAUGAUCGCCCAUCUAUGCAUAUCUUGAUAACCGGUUCCCAUGUGGAGAAGCGCUCGUCAGAAGAACGAAUGGCAGAUGGAACAACAAAAGUUAUUCAUCAAAAGCAUAAGGUGACUGACUUCAAGAUAGAUUUUGAUUUAACACCUUAUAUUUUACCCACUGGUACCCUCAUGACACUACCGGAUCCCAAGACUGGGAUACAACCGACACUUCGCGAUGUCAUGGAGGAACACGUUGAAGAAGAGAAUCCUUUUAAGGAAUUACAUAUGGAAAAGAAAGUCAUUUGGGAUUACGAACAUUUGACAAGGACAAUCACCCAAGCGAUUCGAUCCAUCAACUACCGAUAUACAAUCGAGAUCUCAUACCCCAUAAUGAAUAACCGUGUUGUAGUCCAUUCCUCCUCACCACUCGCGAAUUUAAUGAGAAGCAACUGGACAAAAGCUUUAUGUUUCAUGUCAGUUGUUGGCAUGAUCGCAUAUCCAUUGCGUGAGAUGUACAAGAAGGUCAAGGAUAAAGUCUUGCAGUCAGAAUUCCAGAUGGCCAUUUCUACAACCGAUUUUUUUAAUGACAAAGAUGAUGAUGAAGCUGUAGUCCUUGUUGGUAUUGGUAAUGCACUGCUGCCUGCAGCAGUUCGUUUUCUGUUGGCAGCAAUUGCAGAGGCAUGA